AUGAGACUCCUUACUCAUAACAUGCUCUCCUCUAACAUCAAGGGGGUCACCAAUGGCUUCCCUCUCCGGAUCGAAGUGGUGAAAGUGGUCGAGAAAGAGGUUGAACUAAACCCCGAUUUUCUCAAAUCCAUGUUCUCCAAAAUUGACUGGAAAGCCCUAGUCGAGGCCGCUCGCUCAAUCGGCUACACUGAGCUCCCCAACGAGGUUGAUCCUUCUAUGCUCGACUCCGACGACUUCCUUCGUCGUUUUCACCACGCCCUCCUCCAACUUCACCUCGAAGAAGGCGCCCUCAUCUGCCCCGAGACUGGUCGCCGGUUCCCGGUCACCAAGGGAAUCCCCAAUAUGCUUCUUCAUGAAGAUGAGGUUUGAUUGGUUUUAAGCCACUUUUAGUUUAGACUCACUGGGUUUGAGGACUGUUUCUUUUUCCAUAUACAGAGUAGGACUCAUUAUUUAUUUAUCAAUUUUUGGUUAAAUCUGUAUCAAAAUUUAAAACCUUGUUCUAUAAAUAUGUGUUUAUCUUUUUCGUUUCUUUGUU